AUGCUGGUAUGGUGGCUAGUUGUGGCAGCAGCAGCCUCGAGCAGCGCCGCACGUGAGAGCAGGGCAGUUGACGAGAACACGAAGCUGGUGAUAUUCGGCAGCCGGCAUGGCAACCGUCAUCCCGGAAGAUUCCUCAACGAAAAUCCACGUAUCUGGGGCUUCGAAGGCGACUACGAGCUCACCCAGUUCGGCAAGCGGCAGGGAUUCGGCUUUGGCAAGGAGCUGCGCGAGUUCGUCGGUGCACUGGUCAGCAACAACUACGUCCGGCAUGAAGCUUCCUUCUACACGUCCAGCGCCAAUCGCUGCCAGAUGACGCUACAGGUGAUAAUGGCUGGUUUUUAUCCGCCCGAUACAUUUGCUGAGUGGAAUCAUGCGCUGGAGUGGUCGCCGGUACCGUACACCAUCGACGAUCCAAUGCUGAGGAUGUAUUCGGUGAAGAACUGCACCACCAGUCAGCAAGCCUGGCAACCGAUCAACGAUGACAAUCUACCGGAACUGUUACAUAUAACGGAAGCAAAUGCACAAUUGCUCGAUUACAUCUCGAAACAUACGGGUUGGAAUGCAUCAAUUGAAAGCGCAACCGAUUUGGCUGAUAAUAUCGCCGAAAUUAGGCUGGAGCAUGUCCUGUCCUGCUCAAAGUCUUCGCAGUUCAAAAUCGCGUUAUUCACUUUACAGGAUCUGUAUAACUCGAGCCUUCCGGAGUGGAUCGAGCACCCGAAGUUGGCUGGAUUCGAUAAGCAGGCAUUGAAACAGGCAAUCAUGUCAUUUGUGGAGAAACACACACUCACUUGCGUGGACUACGAGCCCUGUCGCGACAUCAUGGGUGGAACUUGGUUGCAGCAUAUUUUGUCUACUCUUCGUAAAGCUGCCAGUAAUCAGCAAACUCAAAAACUCCUUGGCUAUGUUUCACACCUGGAAGUAACGCUGUCGGUAAUGAGGCUGAUGAUGAUGAAUCAGAGUUCUCUAGAUACGUCUGCUGGAUUUCUGAUCGAAUAUCGCGAUAAACCGGCACCAUCUGUUAGACUGUUAUACCACGAGCCCUUAGCCAUUGACAGACACACUAUCAAACAGGCGAACUACCUUGAACAACUAGAAAAGUUGAGCGAUUCAAAUUAUUGGAUUCCGUUCGACAAAUUCGACGAACUCGUGAGAAACAAAGCGAUUGUUGACUGGGAAAGCGCUUGCCGUCGAAAACCCCCGGAUUGCACGCUGCUGCACGAUGCCGGGGGUGGAGCAGCGAAAAACGCUAACAUUGAGCAUAAUCGAACCACUUCCGGCACCGCAGUACUUCGUUCCAGUAAUAUUAGAUUCACAGCCCUGUUUGCUUUAAUCCUUCUUACAGCAGCUAAAACAUGA